AUGGCCCAGUUCCUGGCGGAGUAUAGACCGAUGCCGGUCCCUGCCCUGGGGGCUCAACAGUGGCGGAAUGAAAAUUUUGAACGGCCGAUUGACAUGGAAGGCUCGGGGGACGACGACUCCUUUGAAGAUGAAGAACUAGAGGAAAUGGAGGACUUCUAUUCAGGAUCUGGAUCUGGAUAUUUCAAGCAGGAUCCCGGAUCCAAGUCGGUUGUGCGGCUCACCACGGAUUCACCCAUCGUUCUUGCUACCACCUCCGCUGUGAUGCCUGUCACAUCUGUGCAACCGGUUGCCACUCCUCUGGCACCACUCCCUACGGAGGAAGUUAUUUCUGAAUCCGCCACCAACGGUCUAUACAUUCCCAGGAUUUCAGAAGUGCCAGCAGUCACCAUCUGGAAAGCAGUAGGGGUUACUGCAACCCCUGCAGCCCGUGACGUCGCUACUACUGCAAUGACCACGACUGCUUCUCGCAUGGCUACGAUGGCCUCCGCCACAACGGUUACCUCUAGACCAACCACUGCCCUGAGAGACCUGCUGCCUGUGAUCACAAUUGUUGCCGUGACACAGUCGAUGAUGCUCGAAACCCCGACAACGGCUACUGUAGCCAGAACGGAAAUUCCAGCUUCUCCCCUGGGGACAACCACUGAGACAGAGGUCAGAGAUACGGCCCAGCUCAGCACUUCGCAGGAACCAGAUGUUACCACAGUGCCCCAGCCUCCCACAGCAACACCGACCGAUGCUGCUCAGGCGGAACCCAUGGAAACGACCCUUUCUACAGUCACAAUGAAUGAACUUGAAGUUCCCAUCAGUGGGGACUUUGAAAUCCACGAGGAGGAAGAGGUAGCUCAGACCGAGCUGGGCAACGAAGUGGUGCCUCUGGUCACCCCUGCAGCUGGGCCAGAGUUGAAAAAGAAAAUGGAACCAGGGCUGCUGGACAAUACAAUAGAGUCUGGGAAUUCAGCAGCACAACUGCCCCAGAAAAACAUAUUGGAAAGGAAAGAAGUGCUCAUAGCUGUGAUUGUGGGAGGAGUCGUUGGGGCCCUCUUUGCAACUUUCCUGGUGAUGCUGUUGAUCUACCGGAUGAAGAAGAAAGACGAAGGAAGCUACACGCUGGAAGAGCCCAAGCAGGCAAGUGUCACAUACCAAAAACCUGACAAGCAGGAGGAAUUUUAUGCAUAGACUGGAACCUCGAGUGCCUCGUCAUCUUUUUCGGUCUCAAUGCUGUCCCUUUUUUAAAACAACAACAACCCCAACAACACAAACCUAUCUCUGAUUCAACCUGUCUCUUUCUAAUCGAGUCUUAUCAAGUUUAACCUGAAAGAUUGAAGAAACCAACCAUUUUAAAAAGGCUUGCGCAUUUUUAGAAGACAACAAAGCUGACUUGCAUUGUAGUACAGGAGAUGCUGAAAGGAGUACCGAUGAAAGGGAGCCAAGAGGUAGACCUUUUUGGUUGUCUCCUGGAAGAUCUUCUGGAAUUAACAGGAAGUCCUGGACUCAUACCUAACUCAGGACUAGAGCACUGAUCUUUUUUUAAAAAAAAAUUAACUGGACACUUUUGGUUGUCAAUACUUUCUGAUACUCUUCGAGACGAGGGUUUAACUUCAUGUGCUAGAAGAUGCAAUAUUUGAUAGACCAGGCUGCUCACAAGCCAUCACCUCUUCCAACUGAGCAACUGUUGACUCUUGGGAAUGCUUCCUUGAAGAAAUAACCUGGUCUGCAGGGGCACUCCUUAAUGCUCGUGUCUUGCUUCCUUUCCCCCUUCAUCUCAUCACUGUUCAACAGCCAAAAGACCUCUGAUGCUACCUUUCUGUUGCAAACCCAGCCUAAGCUUGCCUUGGUUUCCAACUGAAGCUUGUGCCCAGGUUUAUUGGGAUUCACUGUGACGUUAAACCUUGAUUAGCACAGUUUACCGAGUCUAGGCAAGAGGCUGAAGAGCAUUUUUCUAAGAUAUUGAUCGUGAGGAGGAGAUGGCAAUACCGAUUUUUUUAAAAAGAAAGUCAAGCUAUCUUCUAAAAUCCUAUAGGAACUAGAUCAUAUUUCACAUAUCUUGAUGAAUGGUGUGGUCAUUUCUUCAAUGGUGGGGGACUGGUGGGAGGUUUAUUGGGGAAACCAAGAGUAGAAUGACGUGAGCCUAGUUCUUUGAUUCCAUGGGACUCUGUAAAUAGAGGGAUUUAAAAAAAUAUAUGAAAUAAGUAUAUAGAGAACUUGAGUGGGGGAGAAUUCUGGUUCUUCUGAAGCAGUAAGUUGUAGAGUAACAGCAAGCAUACAAGAGAAAUGUUUUGGUCAAGUUUGUUAAGCAACUUCAUAUUCCAUUAACAAUGUAGGAGAGGUGACUGUGCUGACCCCAAAGAAUUAUAAGGACGUUAUAAACCCCAGUCUGAACAAAGAACGAGAAUAAAAAAUGGUAAAUGAACCAGAUAAUUGGAAUGUUGGAUACCAUGCAAUAAAAUCAAGCAAUGGAAAGACCAGUGUUUUAACCUAUUAGAAGGUGAAGUCAGAAUAACAAAUCUGUAGUAAUUGUUUGAAAAAAAAGACAUAUGAAUGAUAAAUGUGCUGUAAUUAUGUCAGUGAUAGAAUGUUGUUACAAGAUGCUUGUUGCUCUUGGUAAUUGAUAAUUCCUGUUGCAUUAACUGAAUGUUGUACACAUGCACCUUGAGUAGAAUGCAAAGACCAGAAGCUGUGAUCAUAUUAUUUGUGGUUGUGAAGAAAGUAGAAAGGAUGUAGAGUUGUACAUUAACAUGCUCCUGACAAAUACAUAUGGAGAAAAGCUGGCAAUUAUGU